AUGGUUUCUCUACGAUCACUCACUCAAAUCACGGCCUUGACGGUCCUCCAAAACCACGUAGCAGCCCAGGGGGUCAUUAGUGGCAUUACCAACUCCGGCACCGACAUUAUCAAUACUGCCGCCAUAAAGUGCCCCGGCAUUCUAUCUGUGCCCAGCGGCGACAGCCAAGACAAUGGCGUCUGCUGCAUCGGCGGCAAUCCUAGCACAUGCGACGGAUGGCCUCUCUGCGCCGCCACUGCGUCCAGGACACCGGUGUCAUGCGCAACCAACAUUCCAGUUUCAGCAACUGAUUACUCGUCUCUUGUGGAGAGUGCGAGUUCGAAGUAUCUUGAUUCUAACGGGAAAGCCAAGCCAUCGUCUACUGCUGAUACUACGGCUAAAUCGACUGGUGAAAGUACGAGUGGUAGUUCGGGAGAGGCUAAGGAAACUGGGGAUAGUGAUAGCGCUGCUGUGGGUCCAACUGUUCCUUUGGCAGCAAGUCUGAUGGGAGGAGUUUUGGCUUUCUGUUUGGCUUUGUAA